AUGUGGUCGACUCUUGAGAACAUUUUGUGCGAGGAUGCGGGCCGCCCAACCCUGCCUCUGUUCCCAUUACGUCGGUCUCACGAAUACUUCAGUUCUCACUACCUCAACGAGGAAGCAAUAGUCUGCUUUGGAAGCUAUCAGCAUCACCGGCCAAGUCCCAAUUCAAAUAAUAUGGCUACAACACGAAGAAUGGGCGAGACGAGAGAGGGAGUUGUAGGCAAAGAUUACAAGUAUACGCAGGAGAUAUCGCAAAUGAUGUUUGUCUUUGGGGAGGUACAAGACCCCAAUUCCGAGACCGUCAAUCUCGUAGAAGACAUCGUGCGGAGCCAACUUAUCGAACUCAUUCUCCAAGCUCGAGCUCUCGCUAUGCGCCGAGGCGCCCGUCAUGCAACCGCAGAAGAUCUGAUCUUCCUCAUCCGACACGACAGAGGCAAGGUCAAUCGGCUACGGACGUAUUUAUCCUGGAAGGACGUCCGUAAACACGCGAAAGAUUCCGGUGAUGGUGGUGGCGCCGGUGUCGAAGUGGAUAACCUGGAGGACGCAGAUGACAAACUUACGGCCAAGGCUCAGAAAAUCACCAUCAAGCUGCCUUGGGAAAUAACGACAAUAUACUCCGAGGUGCUGAAGAACAGCGGUCACCAGUCGGAUGAUGAAGAGGACGAGGACGAUAUCGAAGCACAUGAAGCGUCCGUUCAACGGCUGAAGGAAGCGGAUGAUGCCACACGACAAAUGACGAGAGAAGAAUAUCAGCAUUAUUCUGACUGUCGUCAGGCCUCUUUCACCUACAGAAAAGCUAAACGUUUCCGCGAAUUCCUCAACCUCCCAGCCCAACUAGACCUCAGACCCGGCGACGACACCGUCGACAUCGUCGGAUUCCUCGCGUUUGAAAUGGUCCGCUCACUCACCCUCGCCGGCCUGGCUGUCAAGAAAUCCCUCGAAGACUCCUUUCUCCGGGACGACUACACCUCUCCUGUUCUUGGAAAGCGGAAAGCCGGUACUGCAGGUGGCUCAGCAGAGAAGCGGAGACGAGAGGGUUCACCAGAUGAGGACACGGAGUACACACUGCCCGUGAACUCUUUGUUCUUGCCUCCGCCAGAGGCAAGGACGGCUCUGCGGCCUGAACAUAUCCAGGAUGCGUUCUCGAGGAUGCAAGGCGAGUGGGCGCAUAGUCGCUCUGCAGGUAUGCGGAAUUGGCGAGGAGGGCUCGUCCGGACGAGAGUCAGUCUCAUAUGA